ACGUGUUCUCUGCGCGUCAUGACGUGACGCGGUGACGUAUCCCGGGCAACCCCGUACGGCUGACAGACUCUUCCCAAGGCUCAGCAGAGCUCCAGACCCCCAAACAUGGCUCUAAACCGGAAUCACUCACAGAACGGAGGCGUCCUGAUCAACAACGGAGAGAGUGUUUUGAGAGAAUGUAAGAACGUGGAGCUGUCCUUCAGCGAUGUCGCCUGCAAGACCGACCUGCUGAAGGGGACCAAGAAAGGAACCGUGUACCUGACUCCAUACAGGAUGAUGUUUGUGUCCAGUAACACCAAGGACUGCCUGGGCUCGGCCAUGUUCCCGUAUUAUCUGAUGAAGGGCUGCAGCAUUGAGCAGCCGGUCUUUGCAGCUAAUUACAUUAAAGGGACGGUGUCAGCUGAGGCUGGCGGAGGCUGGGAGGGACAGGCCCAUUUCAAAAUGUCAUUCCCCAGCGGAGGAGCCAUCGAGCUGGGACAGCAUCUCUUCAAACUGGCAACAAAUGCGUCUCGUGCCGCUCCAGCUCAGAACGGCGCCUCCUCUUUCGGGUAUCCUUCGCCCGGGAUGAUGAACGGCUACGGCCCGGCUCCACCGGCUCCUCACGGCUACCCUUUCCCGCCCCCUCCCCAGCAGAACGGAUUCUACCAGGGUCCUCCACCUGCUCAAGGAAACAUGGGAUACCCCUGUCCCACAGCUGCUGGAGGGAUGUAUCCACCUACUUUUGACUACAUGGCCCCGCCCCCUCCCUACCCCGGACCGCCCCAAAAUUGGGUUGCACCUCCUCCAAACUGGGCAGCAACAGCCCCAGCACCACCUCCAGGUAACUCCAAGGCGGCUGAAGCAGCAGGGAGCGCGUACUACGAUCCAAACAAUCCUCACAGUGUCUACAUGCCCAUGGAGAGACCUCCACCUUACGCACCUUUCCCAAACUCUCCUGAGAAGAAGAACAACUGAGGCUCCGAGGCCUCCACUUCAACGACACUCCUCUCUCUUCCUCUGUCUCUUAAAUAUAUCCUAAGGCCAGAACUAAAGAUGGAAACCUGUUCGAUUUGUGGAGUACAGAAAAGAACCCGUACGUAACAGAGGGCUCAAAGAUGUCAGAGAUAACUCACAGAUAUGAAAUCAUAUUUUGGAUACUGGAAUAGACUUUAAAGCAAUCACAUCUUCUAAAUCUCCUUUCUUCAGCUCUUCAGUCUUACUGAUCUUUUAUUCUGUGUUAUUUGGAGCGAGUAUGUGAGGACGCCUGAGCGGUCCUCGUGCUGAGCUGAAAGCAGGAGGCCGUGUGAGGAAUGUAUUUUUCAAGAUUGAGAUUAUCGACUGUUUUUUUUUUAGUGUAGCACUAUCAUAAUUGAAGUUUAGUUUUGAUCACAUGAAUCAUACUACACAUUUAUACUUUGCAGUUCUUUGUUUUGCUUGGAGUUGUAGUUCAUCCAGACGGCCGGAGCUGGGUCGAAUAGUUCUAGUGACUGAUUCCUACACGCUCCGCUGAACGCAGGAGGUUAAAUGACCAACGUGACGGUGACACAUCAGUCGUCUUCACCCUGUCACCCAAAUCAAACAUUUCUUUCUUAGCGUGACGUAGAGGAGGUUUAGAAAGGAUUUCUAACGUUACAAAUCAGUGUAUGUGCAAUAUCUCCGCCUCACAUAAGAAGGUUAAACUGCCGGGCUGGGGUUACCCGAGUGACCCCGUGCUCUUAACCCAGCUUCUAUCGUAUUCAUGUAUGCAAAGCCGGGCUGAAACCAGAACCCUACUCUUGUAUAAUUACAUCAGUGUGGGGUUUCAGUGUUUGCUGGCUGUCGAAAGUUCUGAAUGAACCGCCAUUUAUUCCUGAUGAAGGUGAGAUGAGGCGCCUUCAGGCCGUGUAAUCACAUCCCUACUCUCUGCAUCAGUUACCGCCUGUUUGAAGGACCGUCUGCUAACGACUGUAGCGGGAGGAGGAUCUGUUUGAGUUUGGGGUUUUAGUUUGCUUGAAUUAAUCAGAUGUCUGUAUAUUAAUAUCUCUUUUGCAGUUCUUAUUCCUCUUCCUGAAUUUUGUCUGCCAGAAAAAAAUCUAAUAAAUGAAUCCUUAAUUGAA